AUGGAAUCAACAAGACGAUUGCUGCUUGUGGGAAAGACAAUAUCAUGGAAUCAACAAGACGACUGCUGCUUGUGGGAUGGUGUGGUGUGUGAUCAGCAGACUGGCUGCGUCAUUAGCCUUGACCUCAGUAGCAGUUGCCUCUAUGGUCCUAUCAAUUCUAGCAGUAGCCUUUUCUGUUUAGGCCAUCUUCAAAGGCUUAAUCUCGCGGACAAUGAUUUCGACUCCUCCCAAAUCCCGUCAGGGUUUCGUAGUUUUCCAAGGCUAGCUUAUCUCAAUCUCUCAUUCUCCGAAUUCUAUGGUAAGAUUCCAUUAGAAAUAUCAGGGUUGAGUAGAUUGAGAUCUCUUGAUUUGAAUGGAAAUUCAGAGCUCACAAGUCCUGACCUGAUGCGGUUAGUUCAAAAUUUAACCCACAUUGAGAAACUGUAUCUUGACUUUGUAGACUUAUCUGCUGCAAUCCCUGGAAAAGUUGUAAAUUUGUCUUCAUUAUCAUCUCUUAGUCUUUAUAGUUGUGGCUCAAUCCUAUCUUCCCUCAGUAAUCUUAGCAAGAUCACCCUCCUCGAACUCAAAGACAAUAACUUCUUUGGCGAAAUACCUUCUGCAUUGGCAAACCUUACACAGCUUACCUCUUUCUCAAUGUCAGGCAAUGAUAAUGUUAGUUGUGGGUCCUUGUCCUGGCUUGGAAAGCAAACCGAAUUCCUUCAGUUGGACCUUGAGAAUUGCAACAUAAGUGGUGAAAUCCCUCCCUCUCUCAAAAACUUCACUCAACUCAAUCUAUUACUACUCAACUCUAACCAUUUAAGUGGUCAAAUUUCACAUUGGCUAACAAACCGCACUCGGUUAGCCAUCUUAGACCUUGGUCAUAAUGAAUUCCGCGACCCUUUUCCUCAUCAAAUUUCAGAACUUGUGAAUCUCGAAGCUAUUUAUUUGAGGGAAAAUCACUUGAGCGGCUUUGUUAAUCUAAACCCAUUUUUCAACCUCCAACACAUGGAAAGGUUUUAUAUAUCAGUGAAUGCUACCCUUCGAAAAUGGCACAUGCUAGGACUUCGCUUGUGUAACUUGAGGGAGUUCCCUGACUUCCUUAGGUACCAAGAUAAACUAGAGUACUUGAAUCUCAGUGGAAAUAAAAUCCGCGACGAGAUUCCGAGCUGGUUAUGGAACAUAAGUAGGGAAACUUUGGAGUUUAUUGGACUUGCUUUCAAUUGUUUGACUGGCUUUGAGCAACCUGCAUUGGUAUCGCGCCUUCGUAAUCUAAAAUUCCUAGUGCUAGAUUGUAACAAGAUCCAAGGUCCAGUCCCUAGACCACCGCCUUCCAUUUUCGGGUAUACCAUCACAAACAACAGUUUCAGCGGAGAAAUUUCUUCAACAAUCUGCAAUCUACCUCACCUAUAUGUCUUAGAUUUGUCAUUCAACAACUUGAGUGGCAUGCUCCCCAAUGUUUGUUUGACAAGGAGAGCAAUAUAA